UUAACCACCUCCAUUUUCUCCUUAAACCCUACACACACACACACGCUCACUCCGUCCAUCAUCAUGACUGUGCCCGAAGACUCACAUCUUCAAAGUACCGGAGGUGGUAGUAUUGACAAGCAAUUUCUUGCGUCUCCGGUUAAAUCAGCAGUCGAUAAGUUCCAGUUGAUUCCCGAGUUCCUCAAGGUCAGGGGUUUGGUGAAGGAACAUCUGGACUCUUUUAAUUAUUUUGUUAGGACCGAAAUAAAGAAGAUUGUUCGUGCUAAUGACCUUGUGACAUCUAGAUUUGAUCCUAGUGUCUAUCUCAGAUACACAGAUGUGUGGAUUGGGAAGCCUUCGGUGGUUGUUGAUGGUGUGACCGACUCACUAAGUCCUCAAAAAUGCCGUCUAAGUGACAUGACGUAUUCUGCUCCAAUAUAUGUGAACAUUGAGUAUUGCAAUGGUAGUCAAGGUCAGAAUACCAGUAAGCGUUCACAACAAAAGAAAGAAGUUAUCAUAGGAAAAAUGCCUAUCAUGUUAAGGAGUUUUUCGUGCGUUCUUUAUGGCAAAGAUCAAGACGAAUUGGCAAAACUUGGUGAAUGCCCACUUGACCCGGGUGGAUAUUUUGUUGUGAAAGGAAAUGAAAAGGUGAUUUUAAUUCAAGAACAGCUGUCAAAGAAUAGAAUAAUCAUAGACACGGAUAAGAAGGGUUGCAUCCAGGCAUCUGUCAUGAGUAGCACUUCUAUGACAAAAAGUAAAACAAUUAUAAGAAUGGAGAAAGAAAAACUCUAUCUGGUGUUGAAUGCAUUUAGUUCCAAGGUUCCCAUUAUGGUGGUCAUGAAAGCCAUGGGUAUGGAAACUGAUCAAGAAGUUGUGCAGAUGCUUGGCAGAGAUCCUCAAUAUGCAAGUCUGCUUUUGCCAUCUAUUGAGGAGUGUGCAAGUAUUGGUGUCUAUACACAACAACAAGCGCUGGAGUUCCUUGAUAAAAAGCGUACGAAGACAUUCUCUAGGUUCGGUAAGGAUGAUGGAGCUAUCACUGUUCUUCGGGAUAUUUUUAUACCGAACAUUCCGGUGCGGGAAAACAAUUUUCAUUUGAAGUGCGCUUAUGUUGUCGUGAUGUUGAGACGCAUGAUGGAUGCAAUGUUAAAUGAGGAUGCGAUGGAUGACAAAGACUAUGUAGGCAAUAAACGGCUGGAGCUUUCAGGGCAAUUAUUAGCUCUACUAUUUGAGGACCUAUUCAAGUCGCUGAACGACAAUUUAAAGAGACUUGUAGAUAGGCUCCUGGCCAAACCCAGUCGCUCAAGCAAGUUUGAUAUAACCCAGCAUCUAGCAAAAGAUGAUAUUACAAUGGGUUUGGAGCGUAGCCUCUCUACAGGAAAUUGGGAUGUUAAAAGGUUUAAGAUGGACAGGAAAGGCAUUACGCAGAUCGUUACAAGACUAUCCUUCAUUGCAUCAUAUGGCUCCAUGACAAAAAUUUCCCCCCAGUUUGAAAAGUCAAGGAAAGUUAGUGGACCCAGGGCCUUACAACCUAGCCAGUGGGGCAUGCUUUGUCCCUGUGAUACUCCUGAAGGUGAAGCUUGUGGUUUGGUGAAAAAUCUGGCUCUGAUGACGCAUGUUACAACUGAUGAAGAAGAAGGCCCUAUCAUCUCCUUGUGUUACUGCUUGGGAGUUGAGGACUUGGCUCUACUUUCUGGUGAAGAACUUCAUUCGCCAAACUCUUUUCUUAUCAUAUUAAAUGGACUUAUUCUCGGGAAGCAUAGAAGGCCACAGCUAUUUGCUAAUGGAAUGAGAAAGCUGCGAAGGGCGGGUAAACUAGGAGAUUUUGUAAGCAUCUUUGUCAAUGAGAAACAAAAUUGUGUAUAUAUUGCUUCAGAUGGUGGCCGCGUUUGUCGCCCACUUGUAAUUGCUGACAAUGGCAUAUCAAGAAUUAAGCAUCAUCACAUGAAAGAGUUGAAGGAUGGAGUACGCAAUUUCGACAGUUUUUUACGGGAAGGACUGAUUGAGUAUCUUGAUGUCAAUGAAGAGAACAAUGCUUUGAUCGCUUUGUACGACGGAGAGGCCACUAAUGAGACGACUCAUAUUGAAAUAGAACCUUUCACCAUCUUAGGUGUUUGUGCCGGGCUGAUUCCUUUUCCUCACCAUAACCAGUCCCCAAGAAAUACCUAUCAGUGUGCUAUGGGGAAGCAAGCAAUGGGCAAUAUUGCAUAUAAUCAGCUAUUUCGAAUGGAUUCAUUGAUCUACCUUUUGGUUUAUCCUCAACGGCCGCUAUUGACGACAAGAACAAUUGAGCUGGUUGGGUAUGAUAAGCUCGGAGCUGGGCAAAAUGCAACUGUUGCAGUUAUGAGUUACAGUGGUUAUGACAUAGAGGAUGCUAUAGUCAUGAAUAAAUCAUCACUGGACCGUGGUUUUGGUCGUUGUAUUGUAAUGAAAAAGACGCCAGCUUUAUUUCAAAAGUAUGACAAUGUAUGCGACAAGUUUUCUUCACCCAGCAAAUCCCAGCAUGAUCCAAAUAAGAUUCAGAUUUUGGAUAAUGACGGACUUGCUUCUCCCGGUGAAAUACUAAGACAUCAAGACAUUUAUAUGCAAAAAGAAUGCCCUAUAGAUACAAGGGCUUCCAACAAGUUACAUCCGUCACAGAUUCAAUAUAGAAUAAGUAAACAAACCUAUAAAGGUGCAGAAGGGGAGACAGCGGUUGUCGAUAGAGUAGCUUUAUGCUCUGACAGGAAAAACAAUUUAUGUGUAAAAUUUAUGAUUCGACAUACUCGUAGGCCUGAGGUUGGUGACAAGUUUAGUAGUAGGCAUGGUCAGAAAGGUGUUUGUGGGACCAUUGUUCAACAAGAAGAUUUUCCUUUUUCUGAGCGUGGCAUAUGCCCAGAUUUGAUUAUGAAUCCUCAUGGGUUUCCAAGUCGAAUGACUGUUGGAAAGAUGAUCGAGCUUCUUGGGAGUAAGGCUGGAGUUUCGUGUGGCAAGUUCCAUUAUGGUAGUGCAUUUGGGGAACCGAGUGGUCAUGCAGACAAAGUUGAAGACAUAAGUGAAACCCUUGUGAAGCAUGGAUUUUGCUACAAUGGGAAGGAUUUUUUAUAUUCAGGUAUCACUGGUACGCCACUACAGGCAUAUAUCUUCAUGGGACCGAUAUACUACCAGAAACUAAAGCACAUGGUCCUUGAUAAGAUGCAUGCUAGAGGCAUGGGCCCGCGCCAACUUAUAACUAGACAGCCCACAGAAGGGAGAAGCCGAAACGGAGGUCUUCGUGUCGGAGAAAUGGAACGAGAUUGUUUGAUUGCUUAUGGAACUAGUAAUCUGAUUUAUGAACGCUUAAUGCUCUCUAGCGAUCCUUUUGAGGUUCAGGUUUGUAGAAAGUGUGGGUUACUUGGAUACAUAAAUUAUCAAACAAAAACUAGGGUCUGUUCCACAUGCAAGAACGGAGAUAAUAUCUCAUCCAUGAAACUACCAUAUGCUUGCAAGCUCUUAUUUCAGGAACUCCAAUCGAUGAAUAUAGUUCCACGUUUGAAGUUGACUGAUUCAUGAUACACUUAUUUCAAAACAGAUGUUGAUCAGGCUGCUGGCAGUACACAGUGAGGAACGACUCUGUUUUAACUUAUAUCGCUGUGGUUGUCUCUCUUUAACAUUUAAAGCUACUUCAGUUUACUCAUAUCUGCUAUAUAUUACAGUUAAUGUUGGUAGCAUUCUGAAUAGACAAUUAGACACAUUAUGUAACAGCAGAAAAAAUGUAAAUGAGGUUCUUGAUAUGUUCCUUUUUUAAUUUUUUUUUACACUCUUGAGAACUGA